ACUGUUCUCAGUUCAUGUUAGAGUCAGGUGGAAUGGGAGACGUGUCCACAGUAUAUAAAAGAGCGAUGCUACCGCGGAUCGGCUUCUGAACUGGGGCUGAUUUAUUCGUUGGAUUAUUCCUAUUGUUUUUCUUAUUAGACAAUACGAAUUAUCCUCGCAAUGGCCCUCAGUCAGACAACUGUGUUAAAACUAUACAAUACUGUGAUAGAGGAUGUUAUAUCAGGUGUAAGAGAAUCAUUUAUAGAUGAAGGUGUAGAUGAACAAGUAUUACAAGAGCUCAAACAAAUAUGGGAAACGAAAUUAAUGUCUAGUAAAGCUGUUGAACUUAAUCCAGAUCCUCCAGAGCCUCAGGUUCCCCAAAUAAAUACGCACAAAGCUGUGCCUAUUAACAAAGGAGUAACUAUAGGAAAUCAUUUUGUACAACAAACAGGAGGAAAUUCUGCUCCUCAACAAGCAUCGCAACAACAGCAAUCACCUCAGCAAUCACAAACUCAGACACAAUGCCAUUCAACAACAACUGGUAUACAACACACUGGUACACCAGUACAGCAAUUAGUAACAUCAACGCCAGCAGUAAUGGACAGACAAGUACCUAUUCAAAUAACAUUGCCACCACAAACGGGCGUUCCUGAUGCUCCAUUAAGAGUUUUAACUAUUCAGGUUCCUGCGUCUGCAAUUCAAGGUAAUCAGUUGCACACAAUUUUAACAGGACCAGUUAUUACAGCUGCAAUGGGGCUGCCAGCAAAUCUAGCUUCCACAUUACUCCAGCAACAUGUUAAUUCUACACUACAGGGUCAAGCAACACUGACUCCACUUCAACUUGUUACACAAAGUGCAAACAAUGUUUCUCAGCGACCUGUUCAAAUUCAAGAGCAGGCAACAUUGACACCACUCCCAGUUAGUCAGCCUCUUCAAGUUGUUACACAAAAUGCAAACAAUGUCUCUCAGCGGUCUGUUCAAAAUCAGAACAAUAUAGCACAAUUAGAUGGUCCACUUGGAGAUUCAUCAGAUGACGAUGAAGAAGAGGAAGAAGAGGAUAAUGAAGAUGAAGAAGAAGACCUCGAUGAUAAAGAAGAAGACGAAAAUGAUGAAGCUGCGGCAAGAGAAGAGGAGCCGUUGAAUUCAGAAGAUGAUGUAACAGAUGAUGACCCGGCAGAUCUUUUUGAUACUGAUAAUGUUGUUGUUUGUCAGUAUGACAAGAUAACAAGGAGUAGAAAUAAAUGGAAAUUCUACCUCAAAGACGGAAUAAUGAACCUUAAUGGCAAAGAUUAUGUUUUUCAGAAAAUGAAUGGUGAUGCGGAAUGGUAAAUAAUAUGUAAAACUAUGGAAAUCAAUUUGGUAAUGUGUUCACGUGAAAUUGGUUCAAAAUUUACCUUUAGAUUUGUGCUCUAAAAAUUUUUUAAUUUCUUUAAUCAAGAUAUGCGAUACUUGUUUUAAAAUCUAUAUGACGCAGGAUUAGGCUCGAUUGGAAUUUCUACUUUUUUCUUUUUCUUUUUUCUUUUUUUUUUUUUUUUUUUUUAAAUGUGAAAAGUGAACUGAAACCUCAGUUAGUCAAUUGAAUAAAAAAUUUUUAUACUUAUUGAUCUUAAGUUUAAGAAAGAAUAUUAAUAAUAAACUCUUUUAUGCCUUUAAUUAAAAGAGAGCAUAAAGAUUUUGAAUUAAAAUAAGAAAAUAUUAGUCAUUUCAAAAUUCGUAUAAUUCAAAUUUAGUUUGAAGCAAAUAUCGUAUGAUCAAGAUUUCACUGUAUAAAAAGCUCAAUAAUCAAGCAAGUCUGGUAUUGUAUUUUGAACAGUCUCCAAGUUUUUUCAUGUGAGUUUACUAUGUAAAUAAAUUCUAAAGGAUUGCAAUCCACCAUAAAUAUGUGAUGCUCUUAACAAUAAAUGUGUCUUAUACUGUUAAAAACCUUAA